AUGUCGUCUUCUAUCCAAGCUUUGCUACUGGAUAUGGAUGGCGUCUUGGCCGAAGUGUCCCAAUCUUAUCGUCAAGUGAUUAUUAACACUGCCAAAUAUUUUAAUGUCUCGGUCACACAUGAAGAUAUUGACAGACUCAAACUUGCUGGUAAUGCCAAUAAUGACUGGCAAUUGACCCAUCGUCUCAUUCUUAACGGAUGGAGUGAUGCUACUAGUCCCAAGCCAUCACUGGACGCCGUGAUUGCUCAAUUUGAAGCUUUGUAUCAAGGUGUGGGCUCUACCCCGGGACUAUGUGAGCUUGAGACACUGCUUACACCUGUAGGGUUACUACGAGAACUGCAACGUCGACUGCCUAAAGGCAUGGCAAUUGUCACGGGUCGUCCACGCAAAGACUGUGCCAAGUUUUUGAGCAUCCACGGCAUUGAGGACCUCUUUCCGGUACAAAUCUGUAUGGAGGACUGUCCGCCCAAGCCAUCACCUGAGCCUAUUUUACUGGCGCUUAAGACACUGGGAGUUCGUGCAGAGGACGUGGCCAUGGUCGGUGAUACGGUAGACGACAUUGUUGCAGGACGUAAGGCCGGUACCAUUGCGUACGGUGUGUUGACCCCACAAGUUUAUGCCAAGUCGGUGCUGGAGCAGACACCCGCAGCGAUCGGAAAGGUACUGGAACAGGUUGGAGCUUCGGUCGUACUGAACCCUGGACUGGCAGGACUGCUAGACCUCAUUCCAUCGACGACAAGCAAAGUCUCAAUUGCAGCUGAACAAGGAAAGAGUGUCGCCAUACGUGAGGCAAACAUCUCUCGUGUAACAAAGGAGACGUCGAUUAACGUCAAGCUGUUGCUAGACGGCACGGGCAAGUCCAAGGUAAGCUCUGGCAUUGGAUUCCUCGAUCACAUGUUGACAGCAUUGGCCAAGCACAGUCGCUUCGACCUUGAGCUCGAGUGCAAAGGUGAUAUCUGGAUUGACGACCACCACACAACAGAGGACUGCGCAUUGACGCUUGGUGAGGCCUUUGAUGCUGCUCUCGGUGAUCGUGCGGGCAUUGCUCGUUUUGGAUCGGCUUGUGUGCCGCUAGACGAAGCGCUGUCACGCGCCAUCGUAGACAUCUCGAGUCGCGCGCACAGCGAGAUCAACCUGCAGUUGGUGCGUCCAAGUGUCGGCGAGCUGUCGUGUGAAAUGAUCACUCACUUUUUCGAGUCAUUUGCAAGUGCCGCGCGUCUCACGUUGCACGUUGACGUAUUGCGUGGUCGCAACGACCAUCACCGUGCCGAAUCAUCUUUUAAAGCUCUGGCUGUUGCACUGCGCACUGCCGUCAAGUACGACGCCACUGCUGGCGUGCCAAGCACCAAGGGCGUCUUGGCAUAA